CUUUUUCGGCUGCUUUUCCACGCCGAAUUCGUACUUUGCGAAGUCGGUUUCGUUUUCAGGUCGGCCAUCCUGACCCUCGUCAGUAGGGCUCGAGUGCGGUGCCGAGUCGAGUGCAGUGCAUCGCGCGGUGGGCCCUCAGAGACCCCCGUGGGGCCCGGUGCGCAGUGGGGCCGAGUGAUCGCGACAGUGCCGGCGACCCCGAGUGUCACCCUUUCGCGAAUGGAUUUUUAACCAUCUCAGGUCCACCACCAUGGAGCUGGUGUACGUAGAUGAACGGGAGGAUGUCCAGAAAAAGACUUUUGCAAAAUGGAUGAACUCCUACCUGGCAAAGCGCAUUUUUCAGGGAGGUCAGCCUUUAGUCAAUGACCUGUUUGUUGACCUGAGAGACGGCACCAGGCUGCUGUCGCUCCUGGAAAUCCUCACUGAAAGAGAAUGUAAACGCGAGAGAGGGCGGAUGCGAGUGCAUCACUUAAACAACGUCAACAAAGCCUUGCAAAUACUCGAGCACAAUAACGUAAAAUUGGUGAACAUCAGCAGCAACGACAUUGUCGAUGGAAAUCCUAAAUUGACUCUGGGCCUUGUCUGGAGCAUCAUUUUGCAUUGGCAGGUUCAAAUGAAUUUGAAAACUCUAAUGUCGGAGCUGCAACAGACUAACUUGGAGAAGACGCUGCUGGCGUGGUGCCGGCAGCAAACCAAGAACUAUGGCCUCGACAUCCGAAACUUCACCACAAACUGGUCUGAUGGCUUGGCUUUCAACGCAAUACUCCACAAGCAUCGGCCGCGCCUCUUUGACUUUGAGACUGUAAAAAAUAUGCACCCAAAUGCAAGACUGGAGCACGCUUUCCACCUGGCUCAGUCUGAAUUGGGCAUUGAGAGGCUACUUGAUCCAGAAGAUGUAAACACUGCUGUUCCGGACAAGAAGAGCUUGAUGAUGUAUGUGAUGUGCCUGUUCCAAUCUCUGCCCCACUCGGAAACGCAGGCAUCCAGUCUGGAGCAAGACUUGCUGUCUCCAUCAAGUCCACUCACUCCACGGGCAGAGGUUGUGUCCAUCACGCAGACAGCUACAUUCCAGUUCAACGUUUCAUAUCCUCUGUCAUCCCAAAUAAGUGAAGAAAAUGGGGCCGAGGCCAGUGGUCCUUCAAGACCUCUCAGCCUGAUAACGAACGCUUCAGUUGAAAUUGGCGGCUACCAAACAGCUCUUGAAGACGUUCUCACUUGGCUCCUGGCAGCUGAAGACUCUCUGAACAACAGGGAAAUCACAUCUCCAGGUGAAGGUGCUGACGCGUUGGCAGAAGCCAAAGAAAAGUUUCAUUCACAUGAGGCAUUUUUGCAACAGCUUGCUGACCAUCAAAGCUCUGUUGGUGCUGUUUUGACGGAAGGUGCCAGACUAAUUCAAGAAGGUAUAUUGCAACCUGACGAGGAGGCAGAAAUCAAAAUCCAAAUGCGCCUGCUCAACUCUCGAUGGGAAGCACUGCGGCUGAAGGCAAUGAACAUUCAGGCACAAACACAUGAAACUCUGAUGAAAGCCCAACAGAACCAACUAGGAUCGUUAAGAACUUGGCUCACUGACGCAGAGGACAGAAUUUCCCGAAUGGACGCAGGCAAGAACCAGUCUGGCAAAGUCAAUCCCGCUCAUCUGAACAGACUAAAAAAUUGCCUUGGUGCCUUGCAAAGAGACUUAGAAGCAAAACAGCCCAUGGUAGACUCAUUGUCAACUAUGGUUGUUGUCGUUGAUGACGGCUCUUCUGCUGAUGAUACAGCAUAUGCACAGUUAGAGGACCAGCUGGCUGCCCUUGGUGAGCGUUGGGCGCACAUCUGCAACUGGGCUGAGCAGAGAGGCUCUCGCCUGGACACAUUAAUUUCAAAAUGGGAUGAACUGCAAAGGGAGCAAGACACUGUUGGAAACUGGAUGCAGCAGACCGAAAGCAAGCUGAAGCAUAUGGAGGCGAAUCCAAGCGAGAGCCUGGCGACCCUCACGCAGAGGAUCAAUGAAUUGCACAUUUUGAAGACCGAGAUGAAGCAGCAGAAGCAGCGCCUCGACUCUCUUCACAACCUGCUUGGUUCCUUGUGUAAUAACAACAGGGUGGGCGAGUCAGGCGAAUGGGAGCAGCUGGACGAGGAAUGUGAUUUGGUCCAGAAAGCUGCAGACAAUGUCGAAAUGCUGCAGGAUCGAUUUGAAGCUCUUACUUCCAUUAUGGACGUGCAAGCUAGCAGGGUAACUGAUGUCGGAUUUGAUCAAUCAACUCCAAUGGAAACUGACACUAAGUCAUCAAAGUCUCCUCUGGACAGCCCUACAGGCUCUGAUGUGUCAUGGCCACCUGUCAGAGAGUCGACCUCGCAAGAAGAGUCUGGCGUUGCAAAAAGAAGAAGAAUCGGCUCGUCUAGUCAGCACGAGUUCAACACAAAUCUCCGACAGUUUGAAGCGUGGUUACACCAUGCGGAGUCCAUGCUGGAAACCCCUGAAGAUGGGGAAGAAGGCCCUUUUGAUGGUCUCAGCGUUGAAGAGCAACUAGUUCUUUAUGAAGACCUUGAGUCUGAAUUUGAGGAACACAAGGACGAUGUUGAGAAAUUGAGAAAAGUGUCGCAGCAGUUGGAGGAUGGAGCUACCACUGAUAAACUGAAUGAGCUGGCUGAAAAAUGGGAGCUCUUGAAUGGAGUUUCCAUGAAAGCAAGGAGAGAUUCCAUUGAUUUCUUACUGCAGAGACGCCAACUCAAUACUGAGCUUGGAGCUCUCAAUACGAUUUUACAGGGUUACAGAAGGUGGCUUGACAGUGAGCCUUCUUCUACUUCCACUUUGCACACAAUUGAGCAGUGCAGAGUUAAAAUCAAGUCGAUGAAGAGUCACGAAGACCGAGUGACUAAAAUGAAGCAGCAGGCAGCUCAAGUGUCCCAGCACCAUGCUGCUGACAUUUAUGAUCGCGCGGAGGUUGCGCGGGAUUCCGAACAGUUCUAUGAAUGCUGGGAGUUUGUUAUGAAAAAUCUCCACCAAAAAUUGGAAGACUUAAGCGCAGAGCAAAGCAGAGGACCUUCAGAGGAAUUUCUCAGGGAGCUGCAGGACCUACUAAACUGGCUGAGAGCCUCAGAACUAGCAAUGCAGGAUGACAGUCUCGCCCCUUACCAGCAGCAGGCUCAAUUAAUGGAAAUGCAAACUGGAUUAAAGGACCGGAUGGCCAAGUUUGACAGCAUUAAUUCUUCUGGACACGAGUUUGUAAAUUGCGCCGCAGAAUCGCCCUCAAAGGAAUUACUAAGACAGCAGCUGCAAGAACUUAAUACUCGCUGGAGCGAUUUACCAGUUUUAGUAGAAGAAAAAUCUACCAAAGUCCAAGCUUCCGUUGAAUCGUGGACCGCAUUGAAAGAACAAAUUGGUGUGCUUGAAAAUUGGCUCAAAGAGGUAAAGGUCUUCAUGGAGGCUGAGCAGGCAAUGGCUGUUGGAGAACCAGAAACACUGAAGGCCCAAUUAGAGCAAUUUUCUGGUUUGGAGGGAGACGUUAAAGUCAUGCAGCCCAAAUUUGCAGCUUUGGAGCAAAAUGCCAGGAAAAAUCUUGGCGUUGUUUCCAUUGAUGGAGAGCCAUUAGAAAAAUCAGAACUGAGAAAGCGAGCCGCAGAAUUGACAAAAACGUGGAAAGAUAUUUCUGCAAAGACCUGCACACAAAACAAAAGGUUGCAAGACGCGCUGACAAAAACCCUGGAUGUCCUGAAGGGCGUGGACAAUCUGGAUCAGUGGCUUGUGGAGCUGGAAAAUGAAAUUCCACCUGAAAAAGCACCUACAGCCUCAUCCUCUGCCGAACUCUUCAGAGUUAAGGGACAACUGCAAGUCUUGAAAGACAAAGUAGACAGCAGAACAGAACAAUUUCGUAGCAUCAAUGAAACCGGGAGUGAGCUAUUGCUUCUCGCCGAGGAAGAAGGAAGUCCAGGCCUGCAUGAGCUGCAGAAACUUUUCACUCAGUUGAAUGCACACUGGUCAACUGUUACUGAAAUUGUUUACUCCAGAGUACGGACUUUGAAAGACGCCUCACAUAACUAUGGAGAAUUCAGAGCCUUGGUUGCGCAAGAGAGAGACUGGCUAGACAAACUUGAAAAGCGGCUGAGAAAAUCUCCUAAGUCAGCUGCUGAUGCUGAAGAAAUAUCUGAAGAGCUUGACGAUUUGGAGAAUUAUAUUCGAAACCACCCGGAGGCGCGACUUGCACGAAUUCAGAAUUUAGCCAAGGAGCUGUCUGACGCAGACGUGAUGCCUGGCAUCGUACAGGCUGAAGCGGAGAACCUGACCUCCCGGUGGAGCCUACUCGGUCAGAAGGCGCGAGAGCGUACCCGAUUGCUCGAAAACUCUAUAAGCGAGGCUCAGAACUGGGAGGCUCGAAUUUUGUCGGCUAUGCAGUGGCUAACCCGCGUGCACGCCCUACUAACUGCCAGGGCAGAACAAGAUCUCACUGCUGCUGACUUGCCUGAGGAGGACAAGCAGCUUGUUGAAGAAUUUAAAACACAAGACACAACUUUGAAGGAUAUGGAACAGCAAAUCGAAGCUUACAACGAAGCUGGACAGGCCGAGGCUGCUUCUAGGCUGCAGGAGCAGCUUUCUCUUUUAAAUAGGAGAUUUGCUGAGGUUAGAGUGCAGUUUGAUCACUUCCGAGCUUCAGGAAACGCAAACAUCGACACAAGACUCUCCAGAGCCCUCCGUGAGCUUCGCACUAUUGAAGAUACUUCCUGCAUAUUAGAGCCGUCGUCAGCAGAGCCAGAUGACCUGGAGGGCCAGCUCUCCAACUGCAAUAGGCUGUACAACAACUUGAGUGACAUCAAAGCAGAAGUGGAGAAUAUUAUCAAGACUGGAAGGAAAAUGGUGCAAGAAAAUGUGUCUUCUGACCCACUUGGACUGUCAAACCGACUUGACAACUUGAAGGAGCUAUACAACAAGUUGGGACUGCAAGUCACAGAAAGCAAGGAAUCGUUGAAGAAUGCCCUCUCGCAGGCCAGGCAGUUGCAAGAACAUAUUGCCACAGCCUCUCAGUGGAUUCAGAACGUUCAAGAAGCGCUUAACGAAAAAGCUGAUGUGAAUACAUUACAAGAACUGCGCGUGGAACAGCCUCAAAUUGAGGAAACCCUGGCACGUGCCCAAACCAACCUAGCUACUCUUGCACCCUUGUUGAGCGACCCGGCUGCGACUGAACCAGCCCAGAACAAGCUCAGUGAAACUAAACGAGCUGCUGUAUCCAUGAUGAGAAAUCUGCAAGAGCUGGUUGGCACCCCACGCGCUAGGUCACUGGAGAUUGAUGACCAAGCAUCCACAAAAGAGGGAACGCCAGAGCAACAAAGAUCGAGGGAAACAACUCCAAUGGAAGUGCAACAGUUGACCUUGCCAGAUGUUGCUGCGCAGCUUGAAAGCUCUGCAAACGAAUUAGAGCAGUGGCUUCAAGAGGCAGAACAAGGACUGGCUCGAAUGGACAGUGAAAGAGGAGACAGGCAGUUGUCUCAGCACCAAGCAUUGAAGAGGGCACUAGAUGUCCACCAGUCAACUUACGAGUCUCUGAAAAAUUCAGCGACAGAACUGAAAGUGUCUGGAGCUGAAACCUUGAGUAAUCUUGAAAUCCGUCUUGCUCAGCUGAACCAGAGGUGGGACAUGGUGGCAGAGCGUGUCCAGCGAGGUCCAAACUCCCGCAAAUCCGAAACCCUCGAGACGCUUCUCGACACUGUGGAGGGCGAUCUCGGCUUCACCAACCCCAGCUUCAGAGAAUAUUUCCCAUCAAAAAUCCCUCGGAAGAAAAUAUCAACUCCCUCUCAAACCUUCAAACUGGCCGAGGACAGUUCCCUCUUCUCACAGUUAUCUGAAGGGAAAGAAAUAUCCGUGGUGACCAGCAAGCCCCCUCCGUCGCCCUCUGUGGCCGACCGCUGCCAAGUGGUGGAAAUUAAAGAGAUGGAGAUAGUCAAGAGGGUUGCUGCUGGGCCGGUGAUGCGAGUGGACACCACCUCUGUCAGUCCGCAGAGUGUCGAGGUGGUCAAGAUACCUGCCGACGGCGACGCGAUGGAGUGCUCCUCUACCGCAGUGACAGUGACGGUCACGGACACGAGGAAGUCAAUGGAAAAAGCCACCAUCACAACCCAGUCCUCCAAGGAACUGGUGGUCAAGAGGCAGGUCGAGGUGACCAAAACCUUCAACAUCGUGGGCAGUGUGGUUGCCACUGAAGAUGCAGAGGAAGACAGUUUUUACGGAUCUGACAAGGAGACAGACGACGUUCUUGUGUUUUCCGAAACGGAAAGUGCAAUGAAUUCCGCGUCUUCGAGCGACGAGAGUUCGGCAGAGUCCGUUCAAGAGGCUCCCAUUCGGGUAAUUCAGCGCAAUUCCGAGCCAAGAGAAGACUUGAUUGCUGAAAUGAGUGCCCAUGAAAACGCUGCGAGAAAGAUGUGUGAGCGCAUCAAAGAGGUGCUGUCCAAGGGUGACGAAAGCGACCGCCAAAUGUUGGCCCCUGAUGCUGCUACCCUAAUCAGUCACGGUGAUUCCAUGGUUAUGAAAGCGCAUUCCAAAAAUCCAGCCCUGGCUGAGAACCUCCGCGGUGUACAGGAUAACUUGCGAGCUUUGUGGAUGGAGCUGCGAGGUAAAGACCGAGAAAGUGACGAGGUAGAGGCAGCCAAGUUAGAAGGGUGGCUUGCUGAAUUCACGCAGCGACUGGAGGAGGCAAACAAUGAUGAGGGCCAGUUGCGCGCUUUACAAGCAGAGUUUGCCGCUCAGAGGAAGGACGUUCAAGGCUUGGACGCCAAAUGGGCUACAGUCCAGAGCAAGUUCCAGCACUAUUUGAAAGACAUUGAGCAGCCUCAAGAGAAAAGCGUUGAGCCUGGCCAAUCGGUUGGUGCUGAGAGUGCUGUCGAAUUUGUCACAAACGUGAACAAGAUUAGAGAAGGCGUUGCAAGUGCAAAUCGAACUUUGAACACAUACCCUCUUGGAGGUAAUGACUAUGACUCUUUCCCCACGCAAGAAGAAGCUCUGAAGUCCGUUAAAGACCUGCUCGCCUCAUUGAAGACUGGCAUGGACGAAGUCGAAUAUGGCAGAGAUGGAGCGAUGAGAAGGGCAAGUCUUGCUGGUGGCGGAAGAGAAGCUGCCGACAGAGUUCGCAGGGCCGUGGACCGUCUCCGAGAGGAGUGGUCUCAGGUGCAUAGGGCUCUUGCCGAGCGGCACGCCAGGUGGGCCAAGUGCCGAGACGCGUGGCGCAAUUUGCAUUCUUCCUGCCGGGGCUUUGGCGAGUGGCUGGACGAGGCUGAAGCUUUCAUGGCGGAAUGGAAAAAUGCAGAGGACCAAAGUGGAGGACCGGACCAGUAUCCUCUAGCUGAAGCCAGGGCUAAGCAGAAGGAAUUGGAGAAACAGAUUACCACAAAGCACCGGAGUAUGAGUCAGUUGCGACAGUCUGGCAAAGAGAUCGCAGCGAAAUGCUCUGAGCCAGACGCGACAAGGCUGACAGAUGCUGUCGAGGCCCUUCUCAGGCGAUGGCGUAUUCUGCUUGCUGAAAUCACCACUCGCAGAGACAGGAUCGCUGCGAUGGAGGCGGCGAAUGCACCGCAGCCGGGUCCAACGCCUAGCGCAAAUCUGCUAAUUCCACCUGCUGCGCCUGGCUUGGUGGCACGCACGUUUGUCGACUCGUGCAUCACGUGUCUGGACCAGGUGCGCUCGCUGCUUGCGUCGCCCGCCAACCCUUCGGACGAAACUUCGCUUAGCGUGCGUCUCAGCUCGGUCAAGGCUAGAGAAGAGGAACUGCAAUUGCGGAAAAGGGAACUCGAGGAGAGGAGGAACACUCUGGACUCGGAGCAAGUUCGCAGCCUGAACAACGCCAUCGAUAAGGCACUUUCCAACCUAGGCGAGCACAGCAGCCAAUUACAGGCCCGAUUAGGCGCCCUGGCCAAAUUCUUGACGCGGCUCCACGAAAUGGUUGACUGGAGCAUGGAGUCCAAGGGCCGCAUUGCGAGGACCAGGGACGACAUCCCGCAAAAGGAGAAGAACAGACAGAUUGAAAUUGUCAAUCAAUCCGUCCAAGAGAGAGAGGUUGAUAUUUCCGAGCUGUUGGAGAACUUCAACAACUUGGAAAAGGAGUGCGAAGUCGCAAGGCAAACGGUUUCUUCUCAACUUUAUGAAAAAGUACGACGCCUGCGAGAAGACUGGCAGAACCUAAAAACCCGCCAGUUUGACGCCGUUGAACCUCCAACGGCCGCUGCCAGAAGCAUCGAAGCCCGAGCCAGUCCAAUUGGUGCUCCAGCCAGUCCACAACCUGCUAAGCGAGAGGAAGUCAAGCGGGAAGGAUCAUUCCGCCGAGUAAGCAGUAGCAGCCAGAAAAGCGAGCCGCUUGCGUCCCCCAAAACCCCGUCCGAUGCUCCUCGGGUGCCCCGGCGCAGCUCCAAGUCUCCUGGCAAAGUCCAAACCGAGCAACUCGUUGCGGCCAGCAGUGCUGGAACGCCGUCGCCCCCCGUGUCUCCGGUCUCCUCCAGAAGUCCCCCAGCUAGUCCACUGACAACAUCUGCCGCCAUUGUCACAGCCACAGACAAGGCUAUCCUACAGAUUCGCGACUGGUUAACGUUGGAAGAAGAAAUGUUGCGGCAACAAAUCGCUUCCGUCGGCGACGUGACGGACAUCCUUCAGCUGCUCGACAAGCAGAAGAAUGUUUUGCGCGAGCUGGAGCAGAAAAAGCCCCAGUUAGAUGAGCUAGUACACACAGCGGAGCACCUCAAAGCAGACUCAAAUAGGCAACAGCUGCACGGCAAAGGUUCUUGGGGUGAGGAAAGCGAUUGUUCGACUCCCCUGUAUCAACUGCGCACAUGUAUCAGAGUGACCAAGUUGCGAGAACACUGGGAGGAGACAAACGCCAAAGUGAUGCAGCGAAAGGCUCAGCUGGAUGCUUUGCUGGCCGACAGUCAGCGCUACGACGCCAAGAGACAGGAGGUUGAGUCCUGGCUGGCGCGCAUGGAGGCUCGGCUCGAGCGCAUGGGCCCCGUUGGCCACACGGCCGACGUCCUGGAGGCGCAAUUGCGCGAGCAAAAGUCAUUCCAUGCAGAGCUUCACCAAUAUAAGCACAAUAUCGAGCUAUUUCAGCAACUCACUCAACGCCUAAUUGCUGUCUACCAACAAGACGACACCACUAAAGUAAAAAAGAUGACCGAACAAGUCAACCACCGCUAUGCAAAAUUGAACACAAGCAUUGUCAACCGCGGCAAAAGUCUGAACUCGGCGAUGAACUCGCUGCAGAACUUUGACCGCUCGCUGGACAAAUUCCACGCGUGGCUUUCGGAGGCCGAGUCGUCACUGGAGAGCGUGGAUUUGGAGGCAGACCGCCUCGGAGGCCGCAGAGACCCUGGCUCUGUCCGUUUGCCCCUUCAGCAGCUCAAGGACUUGCAGAGUGAAAUCGAGUGCCACCGCGACGUGUUCUCAUCUCUGAAUGGCGCCGGCCGCAAAUUGCUGGGCUCGCUGGCUAGCCAGGAGGAUGCAGUCAUGCUGCAGAGGCGACUCGACGAGAUGAACCAGAGGUGGAACCAUUUAAAGGCCAAAAGUUUAGCAAUAAGGAAUCGUCUGGAGAGCAACGCGGAACAUUGGGGAGCCCUGCUGCUGUCCCUGCGAGAACUGAUUGAAUGGGUGAUACGCAAGGAUACCGAGCUAAGCGGCCUGGGACCCCUCUGCGGCGACGUGCCGGGACUGCAAAAGCAGCAGGACGAGCACCGCGCGUUCAGGCGGCAACUCGAGGACAAGAGACCGGUGGUGGAGAGCAACUUGCUCAGCGGCCGGCAGUACAUCGCAAACGAACCUCCCCUUUCGGAUACCAGUGACAGCGAAGUUGGUCGCGAGGUCGACGGAGACUGUCGCGGCUACCGUUCAGCAGAGGAGCAGGCCCGCGAGUUGACCCGUUCCAUCCGGCGCGAAGUGAGCAAGCUGUCCGAGCAAUGGAACGCGCUGAUCGAUCGUUCAGAUCUCUGGCAGCGACGACUGGCCGACACCAUCAGCAAGAUGCGGAGCCUGCAGAAGAGCAUGGACGAGAUGAGUGCGCGUCUGAACGCGGCCGAGAACCGCCGCGCCGACUGGAGGAGUCCUGGCGACUCUGGCGAGGCCGCCGAAAUGCUCGACGUGCAGCAGGGAGAGGCGUCCGGCCUGCAGCGCUCCCUCGACGACUGCAACGACCAGGCGGCCAAUCUCGCGGCCAACGGAGUCCAGCUGUCACAGGUCAGCGUCGUCCGACUUGAAGACCUCAAUACCAGGUGGAGAGCUCUGCAGAGAGCCUCUGACGAUCGAAUCCGAAUGCUAGCGGCGGCAGCGCGAGACGGGGCUCCAGCCUCCGCGAGUGCUGCUCCUUCCAGCCUAGCGUAUUUAGCUUCGUCUGUGGAUCCACCCUGGGAAAGGGCAGUUACCCCUGCCAAAGUGCCUUACUACAUCAAUCAUCAAACCGAGACCACUCACUGGGAUCAUCCUAAGCUUUCCGAGCUGAUGGGAUCGCUGUCUGAGCUCAACGAAGUCAGAUUUUCAGCCUACCGAACAGCCAUGAAGCUGCGCACCGUUCAGAAAAGACUAAACUUGGACAUGUUGCCAAUGACGGCGGCGCUCGAGGCAUUUGACGCUCACGGCCUGCGCGCUCAAAAUGAUCGGCUGCUUGACGUAACUGACAUGGCCUCGGUGUUGGGUUCGCUCUACAUUCUACUGCCGCAAGGCUGCAUGUCGGGGCCUCUGUUUGUUGAUCUCUGCCUCAACUGGCUCUUGAACGUUUACGAUAGUCAAAGAACAGGUCAAAUCAGGGUGCUGUCCUUCAAGGUGGGGCUGAUUCUCCUCUGCCAUGGGCACCUGGAAGAAAAAUAUAGAUACUUGUUCCGACUCAUUGCUGACCCCAACAGAAUGGCAGAUCAAAGGAAAUUGGGUCUGCUGCUCCAUGACUGCAUUCAAGUUCCAAGACAGCUAGGUGAAGUUGCCGCCUUUGGUGGCUCAAACAUCGAACCUUCCGUAAGAAGUUGCUUCGAGAAGGCUGGAAAGGAUAAACAAGCCAUUGAGGCUGUGCAUUUCUUAAACUGGCUCCAGCAGGAGCCUCAGAGCCUGGUGUGGUUGCCGGUCCUCCACAGGAUGGCGGCUGCCGAAACCGCCAAACACCAGGCUAAGUGCAACAUCUGCAAGGAGUAUCCCAUCGUUGGCUUUAGAUACCGCUGCCUAAAAUGCUUCAACUUUGACAUGUGUCAAACCUGCUUCUUCUCUGGCCGCAAAGCUAAGAACCACAAGCUGACGCAUCCCAUGCAAGAGUACUGCACUGCGACAACAUCUGGAGAAGAUGUGCGAGACUUCACGCGCGCCCUGAGAAACAAGUUCAAGUCGAAGCGCUAUUUUAAGAAGCACCCACGAGUCGGCUACCUGCCAGUGCAGACUGUUCUGGAAGGCGAUGCCCUGGAGAGUCCGGCCCCGUCUCCUCAGCACGCGUCUGCUUUGGGUGGCGCCCACGGCGAGAUGCACUCCAGACUGGAAAUGUACGCUUCCAGGCUGGCCGAGGUGGAGCUGAGGGGAACAACGCCCUCGGACCGCGGCACUCACCAGAGGAGCAACUCCACGCCUGACUCUCCUUACAAUUACAGCGAAGACGAGCACCAGCUCAUAGCUCAGUACUGCCAGAGCUUGAACGGCGGGCCAGGAGAGCCUUUGAUCGCGCCCAGGAGUCCAGUACAGAUUCUGGCUGCGGUCGAUGCUGGGCAGAGAGAAGAACUGGAGGCUAUGAUCAGGGAGCUCGAAGAAGAAAACGCCUCUUUACAGGCUGAAUACGAAAGGCUGCGUGCUAGGCAGACUAUCACUCCUGGCUCUACACCAGGUGAUGACGGCUUUGGCCCUGCGCCAGGAUCCGACAUGCUAGCCGAGGCAAAGCUGCUUAGGCAGCACAAGGGCCGGCUGGAAGCGCGAAUGCAGAUUCUGGAGGACCACAAUCGGCAGCUAGAGGCGCAGUUGCAGCGGCUCAGGCAGCUUUUGGAUGAGCCGAGUGGAAACUCGCCAAGCAAAACAGGCACUCUGCAGACAAGAUCAGUGACUGCCUCUCAACUGGCCACCGACUCGCCCGCCAAGAUGAACGGCCACUAUCACGACGGCAAUGCUAGAUGGGAAGGAAGAAACACAAGCAGUUUGGACAGACCACCACCACCGUCAAUGCCCAACUCUGGCGCACAAGUCGGAAAUCUUUUGCACAUGGCAGGUGAUUUGGGCAAAGUGGUGGGUGAACUAGUAAAUGUGAUGACUGAAGAUGAAAGCCAAAGUGAACUUACUGAGGACGCAGUGGACGGACAAACAAGUGUUUCCAGGGACGUCGGCAGCAGCCAGCCAGAGCAGUAAUAAAUUCAGCAAUUCACACCGAGUAUACAUGUUAUAUCAAGCGCAAAAACUCUCAAUACAACACAUUGCAACAUAAUCUCUGCAUAUCACGCCCAUAUCAACGAGAAAAGAUGGAAAACUUCUUCAGCAGACAAGAUGAGGACUGUUAGCUCCUACUGUUGCAUCAAGAUAAAAACACAUUAUUAAACGAAAUAUUGGUGUGCAAUAUAAAAAUAAUCCAAUAUUGUUGAUAACGGAAAAGGAUCGGACAAGUUUCUUUUGAGAGCGAUUGGUGAUAUUUAUCAAACAUAGUCAAAUUGGUGGCUCAUGAAUGCAGAAAAUCGAUGUAUUUCACACACUUCCAUUAGCAUAUCAGUCAAAACACCGACGGACAGAGAGGCAAUAACAGUACACAAAUCUGAAUGCAUUUUAUCAGUUGUAAAGCAGGUGCUUCGCCGGUAUUGGGUUAUAGUCUGUAUAUCUAUGAUUAUACAACAUAUCAAGAGUUUGGUGUGUUUCUUGAAAAAACCCGCUUGCUACCAUACUUUUACUCUCAUCCUCUUUUUGUAACGAUUUUCUAUAAACAUGUGUAGCAUUUCAUGAGAAGAAGAAAAACAUAUUCAACUUUUGUAAACGUGUUGAUAUAUUUAAAAAAAAUGGUAAAAUAUCAAAAUGCAGUGAUCCAGACAAAAAUAUCCUGUUUAUUCUUCAUUCUUUGAAAAGGUAAAAAAUAACUGGAAAAAAGAUGAAUAUACAGACAUACAUACUUGGGACCUCUUGAGUAGGGAUAUAAAACAAUAUUGUAAGCACAAAAUUUAAAUGGCUUCAUCCUAGAUAAGUAAUAGGUCUGCUCAAACAACAACACUAUAUCGUUCCCAUUAUUUAUGGAAUUUAAAUGUGUGUUAAUAAAAAGGAAUAUCAUAAAAUUAGACACUGAAAAAAAAAUAAAAAGGAAACUCUGUAUCAAGAAAACAUUUUCUUCCAAGUGGUAACUGACGAAUUCAUUGUUAAGAAAGUAAAGGUGAAACUUCACUCUACAGACCCAUACAAGCAUCUAAGCGUUUUGAAUGUCGGUGGAGAACGAAUGAGGGAAAAUAAACUACAUUACCUAUAGAAUAAUUACAUUGUGUCGAAAGCAAUAGACAUGCGUAAAUCGAAAUGGUGAAAGGAAUCUAAUUUGUCAAGAUUAUAGAACGUAAAUCAAUGAGAAGCAUAAUAGAGAAAAGUCAAAAUAUAAUGGUUAAAAUUGUAGGCAUGUGCUUGCGUUCCAUUGUUUUAUUUGGAGCAAAAGUUUAAUCAUUACUCGAGAAGAGGGAUUUCAACAAUAUUUAAAAGAGAAGCAGUGAGUGUCUGUGUAUUAUAGAAACAUACAAUUUUAAUAAAGAAAAUAAAAAAGUA